GAAAAAUAUUUUCAGGUCAGAGUCGUGUCAGAGACUAAAGAUCGUAUGAUGGAUAAAUUAUACGCAAAUCCCAGAAAUGAUUAUGAACGGUUUUCGAACAAAGUACUUGAAGCUGAGUUCAAUAUGCCUAAAAGUAAACAACAGGUACAAGAAAAAGUCAAUAGAAUGUGGCCGACUUAUAAAAGGGAUCAAGAAAAACUCAAUUCUUACAUGAAUAAGACCACCUCGGCAGAUACAUGUAAAUCAAAAAUUACCAAUUAUUUUUCACCUACACCCAAGCCAAAACCCGAUAAUUCUUGUGGUAUCCAAAGUGAAUGUAACAAUUAUGAUGUCAACAAUAACAAUAACCACUUUGCAGACCCCAUGAAAUGCACAGCUGGGGUUCGACAAAUGAGACAUGAGGCAUUUGAGACUGUCACCUGUACUGAAAAUCAAUUAACCAUUCUGAAAAGUUUCUUGAGAGUUUUACAACCUGAAAGUGAACUUAAAGUUUUAGAGCAUCCUGAUCUUAUCAGUGCACCAGCAUUUAUAAAACCAUUAGUUACAGUAGCAACUUCAUAUCUUGUGUUCAUGAACACCAGAGAUAAUUAUGAUCAGUUGUAUGUGAAGCAAAAGAAGGGAACCAUUGUAAAUACUGAGAUGGCACAACUAUCUAAGAUGAUGGACAUUUUCAAGCAAAAAUUGAUUGAUAUAGAUGCUAUAAAACUGGACUUGUCUAAAAUGUUAUUCCAAACAGCUCAGAGAAAGGCGAACCAUAUAUCUGAACUAAUGGCACAAAUAGGGAGUAUUGACACUAAAAUAAAUGAUGUAUUGAAGCGUCUACGAUCCCUUAUAUCUAUAAAAUCCAGACAGGCAGACCCCCACCCCAACAAGACACCAUACUUUGUCCAGUGCUCAAACAAUAAAAGUCUGACAUGGGAUGAUGCCAUGGUCAAUUUGAUUGAAUCAAAUGUCCAAUUACCAGGCCCCCUUGAUUCAAGUGAUAUUUUAAAAUGUGCAUCCAAUUUACGUGAGACAACAAUUAUGAAGCUGAAUGAUCUAGUCGAAGGACCUCUGAAGCAGAAAUACCCAGACUCCAAGAAAAUGACAUAUGGUUUGAACUUAAGCAUUUGCAAGAAUCUUCAAGAACAUCUACCUGUCAUGAUUGUCAGACAAGCUUUCUCAUUUGUAUUGGUGAACAUACAUGAAUUAUACUACAAUGCCACAUUGUUUGAGGACCUAGUUAACAUAGACAUAGCAGAUGAGCAAGCCAAAGAUACGCAGAAUAAGAUACAAAGAGAGAGAACAAGACCUGGACCAAAACCUGGACAUGGGGGGCGACAGCCGCUUCAUAAGAAAUACCCAAACAUAGUUGAUGGAGCAGUCAACUAUAUGAUGCUACAUGGAUUUGCUGCUCAGCAACGUAGACGUACUGAUGUGGCUACAUCUGUUGGUGUAACAACCAAAGACUUGAGAAAGCAUCUUAUCGAAACCAUUCCAGAUCUGACGACUAUAUCAACCAGUACUGUCUCUCGUCUCAUGAUGCCUACUAACCUCAAUUUUAAGAGUGCUAAGUACUACAAAGGUGUAAUCAGAGCAAAGGUCCCUGCCAAGAAUAAUAGCCUCAAAAAGGAUCAUCCUGAUCUUCAGUUCAUUAGAUCACAAAUAGCAACAGCAAAUGAAAUAGCAACACAAUAUCAACACAAUGUACAUUUGUUCAGUUGUGAUGACAAAAACAAAGUGGCAGUUGGCACUUUAGCAGUAUCGCGAUACCAUCAAAUAAAAAAAUUCUUCUUAGAGGGUGAUGAACCAAAUUACCAGGAUCAUGACUUCCCAUUUCCGAAUGCGAAAAUUAUUCCGAGUGGAUAUUUGCUUCUAGAUAAUAGUAAAAACUGCAAACAAAGAUCGAGAAGUUGUGAACGUGUAAACAUGAAGAACAGACAAGUGCGUA